AUGUCCGACUUGUGGUCUUCUAUAGCCUUUGCCAUUGACCCUAAGAGAACUGAAGCCAUGCCUGCCGUCUUACAAUCAACAAUCAAUCUCCUGGAAAGUGAGCUGGUCAAAGCCCGCGCUGCCCUCCGGGAUAUCCAACCCAAUGCCUCGCCCUUUGGAUUCCGGGUUGAUGAGGUCGCUGUAGGCGCUAUGACUGCCUACAGGCGGGAUCUCAUCGGCCGCGCCCCCGAUUUUUACGGGUCUCGCCGCUUGACGCUGAAGGAACUCGGCCUGGAGCCCGUCGUGCGCGAACUACCCACCGAACGGGUAGUACCAAAGGUGCAAUAUAUAGCACCCGCGCCCCCUCACCGAACGGGACUAGAGGAUGUCCUGAGCAAUAGCUUGAUCCUCGACCAGAUGGCCCCAUAUCUAUCAGUAUCCUCGUUGAUGACGUUGAGCUCAACUUCACGCCGCCUACACACCGUGAUCACUCAGACGCCAUAUGUAUUCCGGCAUCUUGAUCUGUCCCGCUGUCGGGGCGCAGAACUCUCUACAGUAACACAAGCGGAGAACGACUCCCAGACGGAGGACGAGAUCUACUCCGCCCCAUUGAAGCGUAUUUUUACGAGCCUCGAGCGCAGAGGUAUACUGCAAGAUGUGCGCACUCUCAUCUUGGACGGGGUAUCAGUGCCGGCUGAUCUAGUGGCCGACAUCAUUUUGACGAAUCGCUUUAACGUCAAUAUCCUGUCUAUUCGCGAAUGUCGCCAUCUCAACGAACGUAAGCUCAUGCAGGUCAUCCAGCAUGCCGUUCGGCCUACACGCCCUGUGGGUACGCCGCGAGUGAAGGGUAUUUACCAUUUCUCUCCCAUGCACACGGGACCUCGGGCAGUGGCACGGCCCCGAUACCGAGACUGGUGGGGAACCCGUGUGGGAACUUCGCGGACACCCUGCCAAACCCCAUCUAACUCUGAUCAGGAGGACGGGACCUCUGUGGGAUGCUCGGUAGAGCAGCAAAAUGAGUGGUACAGCGCAUCAGGGAAGCUUUUCAAGCACACCCUUGAGGAAGGUUGGGCCCAGGUGCUUAAGAAAUGUGAGGGCAUCAUUGCCUUUGAUGCUGCUCUUUGUCGUGGCCCGAGACAUGAUCCCAAUCUAUACAGUUCGACCACGGAGGAGGGCACCCCAGCUGAGGUUCCGUUGCUCGGACCUGCCGUGGCCACCAUAGCCCUCGGACCUCGCGGAUGUGACGGAUGCCACAGUUCCCCCGAAGGUCCGGCUAUUUGGAGCCAAUCCCCAGAUAUUCACUUUCCGAUGCUUAGCCCCCCGCCAUUGCACUCAUCUAGCGUUGCAGCGGCGAAACGGCCCGAGCUAAUUCCAGGCGAGCAUCCGGUCAUCAUUGCCCGCUGCGCAGACUGCCUCACCAACUGUUGGUGCCAUCGGUGCAAUAAAUGGUUCUGUGGAAACUGUCUACCAAACCCGCAGCCUGUCCGAGUAAGCCUGUCCCCGCAUCAGACUGCAGUCCACGCCAGUGCCGCUGAACUGCAAGAACGUGAGAGAUUGGAACGAGGUGUAAGCAAAGACUGCUGGGAAUGUGGCCCAACUUGUGCUUCCUGUAAGCUGGAAUGCCAGCACACAUGCAAAGGCUGCCAGGGUGAUUAUUGCAUUCAGCACAAUGAAGGAUGCUCGAAGACACUGUGUGACUGGUGCAAUACCAGUGCUCGCGGCCGAAUGCGUGGCGACUUCUAUUAA